AUGAGCCGCCGCACCAGGCGCGGCGACCGGCAGCAGCAACAGCCGCUGGCUCGUUCUACGACCGUGUCCAACAACCCGAUCUUCUUCGUGCACGACGAGGUCGACAACGUGCCGGUUGAGUUCGCCAAGCCGCUGCCGCUGCCUCCUAGCAGGGCGCACCUGCAGCCUGCGGGCUCGCGGCGGGCAGCCGGUUCCACGUUCAUGGCGAGCCGGCACGGGAGCGGCUGGGUCCUGUGGAGGGUGCACCACCACGACCCGUUCCUUGCCGCCUACGUCGCCUGCACCAAGAGCGACGGCGGUGGCAAGGUCGACGCCACUCCGGCGAAGCGGCAGCAGAAGAAGAACAGGGGCAGAGGCGAUGCCGCUGUCCAGGGGUGCGGCAUUUGGAGCGGUUGGACCGCGGCGGGAGCCAAGUACGCCGGAGCGAUGUCGUGUAAGUACGGCUGCGACGUUGGCACCGCGCAGGGCGACGAUCCUGCCGCGUCCCCGGCGCCCAGGCUGCACCUGUCGCGGCAGCUGGUGGUGAUCCCGGCCAGGAGGAGGGCCCUGCAACCACGAGGGCGGGCGCAGGGCUGA